GGGAAAAAAAACACAUCACUGAUAGGAAAAUGGGAGGAAGACUCUCACUAACCUCCAAAGAACACAAUUAUGUCUCAGAGCGCGUUAAUGACAUCCUGGAUAAUCUGACUCACCACUACAAGCGUCAUUACUGCUUUCAUCUGCUGAAACAUUUGAGGAGGAAAAACACAGAGUCCUCUGAGCCUCGCCCUCUGAUCCAGCGCGCUGAUGUCCUACCACACGGUGGGAUCAUAACUGAGGGGACUUUGCCUCAGUGCAUGGAUGGGAUCUGGACAUAUUGCCACCUGCAGGUCUGCAGCAACUUUGCAGUGGAAAGCCGUAACAGCAGAGAGGUGUUUGAAGGCGGUUGGAGCUGUAAGACAGAGCUCGUUCUAUCUGGCAGCCACAUCUGCACCUCCGUACCGGAGCAUUGCGCAUUAGUGUGUGAAAUGUGCCAGCACGUUACAGGCAAGUCAGAUGAGAGACUGGCUUGUUGGGACUGCCCCACAGAGUUUCCCGUCUUCAUCCAGCAUCCUUACGGUAACCCGGUGUGUCUGGCGACCGGCUCUCGUGAAGAGCAGACGCGCUGGGCAAACGUACUACGAGCUGCGGUACGACAUCAGAGCUCCGCGCUCUGCCGUGAAGACUCACCAGAAUCCAGGGCCUUCUUGGACGCUGUGCUCUCCAUGAAAAAGCUCAGAGGAAGAUUUCAAGCGGAAGCAUAUCCAAUCGGUUGUGAGGAGGAGGUGUUGGCAGGAAUGGUGAUGGAGGAAAUGAGAUCGUACCUGAAGGAGACCGUAUUCCCUAGGAUUUGUACAUAUCGCAGCAGGAGAAGGAAAACAUGGAUCAAAUUGCUGUCUGAGGUCUACAAGGCAGCAAGGUGUCAUGUAAACGCAGCCAUGGCGGAUCUGAAGGAGGAGCUGUCACUUUAUCAUUUGAGCAUGAAGAAACGCAUCUCUGCUGGACUCCAUCAAGUCGGCCCGCUGCAGGAUCACUUGGCAAAUGCAAUCACAGAGGACACGUAUGAGCAAAUGUUGCGGUGCCUUCAACUCGCCAUCAUCCCACGACUUCCUCGCACUCUGCAGGAGGUGGCUGCACCCGUCUGCGACGGCUUUGCAUCUAUCUGGGAGUACUUCAUGGAAACCUGUGACGACGUCAUAGAUGUGGCAUCUGCAAACACACCAGAGAAAGACGUUAAAAAAGAGCUGCUGACGCUUCUGGACAGCCUCGGACCAGACAAGUCCCGGAUGUGGGAAUGCUUGGACAGGCUGGAGCUGAGUUUGGAGGCCCGUGAGUGGCUCCAGGACACGUGGAGAGUCCGCGGUGAAAUCUGGAGACCUUUGUUACUCAGAGCUCAGGAUGCUCUAUACAAAGUGGUUAACAUGUGUGCGCAGAUGUUUUGGAGGCAGGUCCUACGAUAUCAGUGUUUUUCUUCUGAGCCUGCUCACCUCACAGCAGCGCUGUGUCGAGUGAGAGACAAAGUGGUCAAGAACUUGGAGUCAGAGCUGCUGGUCCUGCGAUCUGAAUCGAUCCUGGAGGCGACCCUGCGGAUCACGCUGCCAGCGUUUGAACAAGGAGUCAAUAAACAGGAUUUGUCUCGUUAUGAUGCCAUGGUCAGCUCGGAGGAAUCCCUCGUCAUCCAGCCAGACCUCAUAUUCAACUCCACCUUGAGAGAAAUCCUGUCCUCUUAUAUCCAAUCAGAGAUGAAGUACAGCCUGCCACAGACCUUCAUCCCUCUGCCUGUCUGCGGCAGCAGCCCGAGGAGCUCCAUCUCUGAUCUUUCUGAACCGGUGUACCAUGAAGAGCUGGCACACGGUGUCUGCCAGCACACACCCGGUUACAUGUCUGAAGGCUCGUCGUUGGACUCUGAAACGCUCUGCCCGAGCUCUGUGUCUGACAGGGAGGACACGCUGGACAACUCAGAGAAACAUGUGCUUGCUUCAUGGAGUGGAAUUGGUCCAAUGCUCUGAGCCAGAGCAGAACUGCCGAACGGGAAGCAAUGACAUUUAGGACAAUGCAGAUCACAGCUGCAAGCAUCGUGUUCUCUGUAAAACACCCAUAUAUUAUAUAAAAUAAAUUAUAGUUUUUGAGAAACUCUAGAACAAGGGUGUCCAAACUUUUAGGCACGUGGGGCAAAACUGUCAAAUGGCCUUUGUACGCUGAGCUUUGGACACCCCUGUAGAGCCUAAAAGAUUUAUUGAGAACACAAAGGAAGCAGACACCUUGGUUGGCAGAUGCUGGAGUCGGUUCCGUAGGACAGGCUUGGGUCAUGCCCGGAUGAACAGAGACGGGCAUACAGAUCUGUGUGGUUAGGCAAGGCUCAUAAUUCUGAGAUCAGUCCAUGUCGUGGAUAGAGUAGGUGUCCAAACAGGGACUUAAAGGGUAACUCACCCCCAAAUCAACUAUUGUUUUGCCAAUAAACUGCUAACAUGGUUGUCUUAUAGUGCUGUCUACAUAUCCUGGUCAUUAUUUUUGACAAAUUAGCGCAUAUUUGUUUAAAUACUGCGAGUGAGAGUCAAAGUUGUUUAAAUACUGCUUUUUGUGUAGAGCAGCAUGCUUGCAGUCAGAGAAGGUUGCAAGUACCCGGUUCUAUCCCCGGUCCCGGCACUCUGGGUCCCUGAGCAAGACCCUUAACCCCA